AUGGCGACAGCGAAAGCGGUAGGGGCAGCCUCAGCUGUAUCUUUCACAAACCUCGGUCAACCUAGUGCUGUGGUGCAUGGGCAGGGGACUCGUCUUUAUUGCCUCUCGCCUUCCUCUCUCUUUCCUUCUACCGCUAUAAAUCUCGCCACGCUUGUACUUUGUGCUCAUCCACUCAGAAAACAGAGUUCUAUGGCUUCUUCUAUUACUACAGCGCUUUCACUGUGCUCCGCUUUGCUUCUUUGCUUUCUGUUGCUUCCUGCUCUGUUUCUGGGCUGUGAUGGACAGCCGCUCGCCAUGACCUACCACAGGGGAGUUAUGCUCACUGGGCAAAUCCCCGUCAAUCUCGUCUUCUAUGGCAAGUUCACCGCUUCCCAAAGAGCGGUCCUCUCCGACUUCGUCGCCUCCCUCUCGCCGCUCCCCGGUCAGAAGGACAGCGUCGAACCGUCGGUGGGCACCUGGUGGAGCGCACUCCGCAUGUACUACGCCGCCGCCUCCAAGACGCCUCCGCCUCGACUCGCCCUCGGUCGGCAGAUUGUCGACGAGGCCUACUCUCUCGGAAAAUCCCUCCGCGACGCUGACCUCGCCGCCCUGGCCGCCCGCGGUGGCGCCGCACUGAGCGUGGUGCUCACGGCCGCGGAUGUCGCCGUGGAGCGGUUCUGCAUGAGCCGGUGCGGGUCCCACACGUCAUCCGCCUCCGGGAGAGGUCGGAUCGUGUACAUAUGGGUGGGAGACUCGUCGGCGCAGUGCCCCGGACAGUGCGCGUGGCCGUUUCACCAGCCGUUGUAUGGCCCGCAGACGCCGCCGCUGGUGGCGCCCAACGGCGACGUCGGGACCGACGGGAUGGUAAUCAACCUGGCGAGCAUGUUGGCCGGCGCUGCCACCAACCCGUUCGGCGACGGCUUCUACCAGGGGCCGAGGGAGGCGCCGCUGGAGGCGGCGACGGCGUGCACCGGCGUCUACGCGAAGGGAGCGUACCCAGGCUACCCAGGAAACCUGCUGGUGGACCCGGCCACGGGGGCAAGCUUCAACGCGCAUGGGGCCCGCGGGAGGAAAUACCUCGUCCCGGCCUUGUUUGACCCGUCGUCGUCCACAUGCUCUACUUUGGUGUAGUCUUGUUUUUUUUUGGUCUUGUGUGGCAUGAAAAAUAUAGAUUAUAGAAAAUAGAUAAAUGUUUAAGUCAGUAAGAAAAAGCUAAAAUGUGAGUAUAAAUAUAAAUGAAACUUGUGAAUAUUGAAUAUGUUUUUAUUAAAUUAUGAAAUAAACGGUAGAAAUUGUUUUCUUA